AAUACUCGAGUAGAGAAUUCGCCGCGAAAGUCUAGCUGCAGAGGAGAAAUUUGUUUAACUGUUGGUAAAGGUACAUUGACUCACUGUCCACUACUGAAAUGGCCUCCUGCGGUGAUAUUCAGGUUAAGGAGAUUGACAAACGUGCGUCUGGCCAGGCGUUCGAGGUGAUCCUGGGCACUCCAGCUGCAGAUGCCAAGGGAGAGUUCCCCCUGUCUCCUCCUAAGAAGAAGGACUUGUCCCUGGAGGAGAUCCAGAGGAAACUGGAGGCUGCAGAGGAGAGGCGGAAGUCCCAUGAAGCGGAGGUUCUGAAGCACCUAGCUGAGAAGAGGGAGCAUGAGAAGGAGGUGCAAAGGAAAGCCAUGGAGGAGAACAACAACUUCAGCAAGAUAGCUGAGGAGAAGCUUAACCAGAAGAUGGAGGCCAACAAAGAGAACAAGGAGGCCCUUCAGGCAGCCAUGAGCGAGAAGUUCAAGGAGAAGGACAAGAAACUGGAAGAGGUGCGGGCCAAGAAGGAAACCAAAGAGGGUGGUGCCGAGACAUCAGAAAACUGAACAUUUCAGUCUGUAUUGGAUUGUACACUAGAGGGUUUUUUACGUAUCCAAAGAUUGAUUUAUAUUUAGUUGAUGGCCAGUAUUUUUGUUGUUCACUGCCACCCACCUUUUGAAGAAAAUAAAGUUAUCCCCGUUUUGUGAAUUUUACUACUUUCCUGCCAUAGUUUUACAUGUGGAUAUUCUUGUCCACUUGUUACUUCUAUUCCACGGCUGUCUGAACUUUACUAGCUGUCAAUUCCUCAAAUGCAUUGGAGGAGACCUCCUCAUCCAAUGAAGCUUUGAGAGAAAUUGAGGAAGCAAGGGUUUGACCGCUAAUGACCACUUCAUACACAGCCCAUUUCUUUGGAUAUGUAGCUUUUGUCAUUGCAGCUUCUGACCUAAUGAAAAAUAGCAGUGUAUGUACUUGUCCUUUAAGGAAGCAUCUCUAUUCCAUAGUGCAGCGUUGGAAUCGUGUCUCUGCCACACCUGACUGUUCAUAAUACUUAUUGAUCAAUGAUUGUUGAUCUGGGCUGUUAACGUGUUGAUCGGUUUCACCUUUUUCACAGCAGCAGGUGUUCUAAUGCACUAACCAAAAGUAGUGCACUGAAUAGUGCCAUUAGACUCACCCCUAAAUCUAAUCUUUGUGCCGCUGUAGAUUGUUUUGCUUUUGUAAAGUGGGGUUUUGUCUCAAAGCACAUUACUUUGUGCUGUUGUAGGUCCGUGAAGUAACUUUUGAAUAAUCUAGGAUGUUACUGGAAGACUGGGUCUACAUAUGAAAUGCAAAAGAGCAAUACACUUUGGCAUCUUAAUAGAUGUUGACUUAACUGUUGUACUAAAAACAAUAAAUAAUAAAAUUGCCAAAUGCC